GAGACCCCUCUCACAACACAUGCACUACUGCAGAUAGUGAGGAAGUGUGAAGCAGGAGAGAUAGGGCUGAACCAUGCCGGCGUAUUCAACCAACAUGAAGCUGAAAUUUCCAAUUUUGGCCUUGUCGCUGGAGAUCAUCACCAUCAUCCUGUACGGCGUGUUUGUGGUGUAUGAUGACGUAAACGGCCAUUCUACAGGUCAUAACACUAAAAAUCAAACUCAUGAGGAAAACCCAGUCUCUCUCUACCCUAUGUUUCAGGAUGUGCAUGUGAUGAUCUUCAUCGGUUUCGGCUUCCUCAUGACCUUCCUCAAGCGGUACAGCUUCAGCAGCGUGGGCAUCAACCUGUUGCUCGCUGCCUUUGGCCUUCAGUGGGGUUUACUGCUGCAAAAUAUCUGGCACUUGGAAGAUGGAAAAAUUAGGGUUUCAAUCUAUAGAAUGAUUAAUGCAGAUUUCAGCACAGCGACAGUGCUCAUCUCAUUCGGUGCAGUUUUGGGAAAGACAAGCCCAGUGCAGCUGCUCGUCAUGACCCUGCUGGAAAUCACCAUGUUCUGCAUUAAUGAACACAUUGUUAAUGAAUUCCUGAAUGCAUCUGAUAUUGGUGCUUCUAUGACCAUCCAUGCGUUUGGAGCUUACUUUGGUCUUGCUGUUGCUCGUAUGCUUUAUCGCCCAGGACUUCGCAAUGGCCAUGACAACGAGGGAUCUGUUUAUCACUCUGAUAUGUUCGCCAUGAUUGGUACUGUCUAUCUGUGGAUGUUCUGGCCAAGUUUUAACUCUGCUAUUGCUGAACCUGGAGCUCCACAGCUCACUGCCAUCAUUAAUACUUAUUUCUCUCUGGCUGCCUGUGCGCUUGCUGCCUAUGCUACCUCCAGCCUAGUAGAGAAGAAAGGCAAACUGGACAUGGUUCACAUCCAGAAUGCAACUCUGGCCGGUGGAGUUGCCGUGGGAACGUGCGCUGAUAUGAGCAUUGGGCCAUUUGGAGCCAUGUUGAUCGGUGUCAUUGCCGGAAUCAUCUCUACUCUCGGUUUUAAAUUCCUCAGUCCUAUCCUUGCAUCACACUUGGGAAUUCAGGACACAUGUGGGGUGCAUAACCUUCAUGGCAUGCCUGGGAUUUUGGGUGGUCUGGCCGGCAUUGUAGCAGCAGCACUCGGCAAAAAAGCAGGCACUAGUCCUGCUUUUCAGGCUGCUGCUUUAGGUUCAUCUCUUGGUUUUGCCCUCAUCGGAGGAGCCAUCACAGGUUUUAUACUGAAGCUGCCAUUUUUGGGACAGCCACCUGAUCAGAACUGCUUUGAUGACUCUCUCUACUGGGAGGUACCUGAGGAAGAGGAGGCUGGAGAAAGUCUUACUCACACUGAUCACUCUAAGAACAAAGCAGAGGUUUAAAUCUCUGACUCUUGUGCUCUUCUUACAUAACUCAAAUCCAAAAUCCACAACCAGCUCAGGGAACUUGAACAAUAUUGGUAAUAAUAAGCAGCUCAAACAAACUCUAGUCUCCAAAGCAACUUGCAGUCAUGUCUAUGUGUACAAGGACGUUUUUGAGUAUUUCCCUCAUGACCGGGAAACAUCUGAAGGUGAAACCCAUUUAAAUAUGGAUGCUCCUCACCAGACCCCAGCUACAUCAUAAUUAAUACCAGCACUGAGUUACAUCAACAAUGAAUUGGUGCAUGAUGUCUAUCAAUCAUGUAUUCAAAGACAAGAGUAAAUGGAUAUCAAAAUGUCUGUGUGCACGUCACCAAAUCAGAACUCAAUCACACAUCUGAGCCAUUUUGUUCACGUGUCCUACUAGAGACCUGGGAUUUGAGUUGGUUACUAGCACAGAAACCUAACAAAUGAGCAACCAGUGCUGAGUAAUUAACCCAUACACACAUCUGUCCCUGCAUUCUUUCACUAAACACUUCUUCAUCAUCCCCAGAUCCAGCACUUACAACCUGAGGACGAUUAUGCAGCAUUUCUUUUUUAAAAAGAUAACAAUUUAUAGGACGUAUUUAUGACAACAAAUUUUGAAAGCAGCUACUUAAUCACUGAUUACACAUAAUGUGAUAUCUUAACUUCUAAGCCUGACAUUUUGUGCCUUUCUGCAACUUAACUGAGAUUGGUCUAUGUAAAAACAGUCUGUUUGCAUGCUUUACUAUUUUAUUUUCUUUAUUCUUUAUUCCUUUUCAUGUGUGACACAGUCAGUCGUUUUUUUCUGCUUGUUUUAGCAUCAGGUUCAGAUCAUCAAAAUUGUUUUUUUGUAACUAUUACAGCAACUAUUGAACGCUAACAGAGUUUGGUCACAUGGCAUCAUUUAUGCACCUAAAUCCAAUCCUAAUGUAGUGUGUCCUUACCAAAAUAAAGGAGUUGGAAUGAUAAAAGUCAAAAA